CUCAAGCAUCAGCAAAACUGACGUAGGCGGACGUCACUUCCGUAGAGUUCUAAAUACACGAGAUGGAACGUAUCCUAUCCCCCGUCUCUGAGAUGCCGUUGUCCGCACAGGAGCCAGCUGAUUCCCCUCACCGGAAGUGACGAGGGUAGGGGAUUUUGAUAGAACACCGUCCAUUAUUGUGGAGACCAUUUCAUAAGUUUCUGCCCGCCAGGUGUGAGUUCAGGUCUCUCCAGUGUUUGGAGCUCUGCGCGGUGGGCGUGUGCGUACAUGGCGGCCUCCUUGGCAGGGUCAGCUAGGAGCACAGCAUGGAGGGGAGUCAGGCGGAGGAAGACCAUGGAUACCACCUGUUCCCGGAGAGACAUAGCGGGGAGCGGAAAAAGGGCUUCACACUGCCCAGCAUAUUUACUAAACACAGGAAAUGCCAAGUUAUGCUGAACAUAGCGCUGGAGACCAGUAAGUGUACCAGGACUGGGGGGGAGAGGAGGAGGUGAAAGGACUGGGGGGGAGAGGGGGGGUGACAGGAUUGAGGGGAGAGAGGGAGGGACAGGAGGGGGAGAGGGGAGGUGACAGGUGGGAUGAGGGGGGAGAGAGGGAGGGAGGUGACAGGACUGAGGGAGGUGACAGGGACUGAGGGGGGUGACAGGACUGGGGGGGGUGACAGGACUGGGGGGAGAGGGGGGGGGUGACAGGACUGGGGGGGAGAGGGGGGUGACAGGACUGGGGAGAGAGGGGGGCAGGGAUUGAGGGGGAGAGGGGGGUUGAGGGAGAGGGGUGACAGGACCUGGGGGGUGACAGGGGAGAGGGUGAUGGACAGGACCAGAGGUGAUGACAGGACCCGGGAGAGGGGGUGAUGACAGGACCGGGGGGGGGGGAGAGGGUGAUGACAGGACCUGGGGGAGAGAGGGGUGAUGACAGGACCGGGGAGAGGUGAUGACAGGACCGGGGAGAGGGGUGAUGACAGGACCGGGGAGAGGGGGGAUGACAGGACCUGGGAGGAGGGGUGAUGACAGGACCUGGGGAGAGAGGGUGAUGACAGGACCUGGGAGAGGGGUGAUGACAGGACCUGGGGAGAGGGGUGAUGACAGGACCUGGGACCCUGGGGGGGUGAUGACAGGACCUGGGAGGGGUGAUGACAGGACCUGGGGACAGGACCUGGGGGGGGUGAUGACAGGACCUGGGGAGAGGGUGAUGACCUGACAGGACCUGGGGGAGAGGUGAUGAGGGAGAGGGAGGAGAGGGGACUGAGGGGGGGUGACAGGAUUGGGGAGGUGACAGGACUGGGGAGGAUUGGGGAGGUGACAGGAUUGAGGGGAGGGAGGUGAGGAGUGACAGGAUUGAGGUGACAGGACUGAGGGGGGCAGGGCUGAGGGGGGGUGACAGGGCUGGGAGGGGGGGUGACAGGGCUGGGGAGGGGGUGACAGGGCUGGGGAAAGGGGUGACAUGACCUGGGGGGGGGGGGGAGGGGAAUGACAGGGCCUGGAGGGGAAGAGGGGGUGACAGGACUGGGUGACAGGACUAUGGACGCCGGCGUCUUCUCACGCCUCUAGUGGCUGUUUCACUGAAACUGAUGUUUACAGCUGCAGAAGGUUUUCUUCAUUCACUUUGCUUGCUUAGGUCAUAAAUUUAGAUUAAGAAACCAGAGAGAAAUAUCCUUCUAGAUAUGCUAUUUAACUGUGAUAUUAUUACUAUAUUGUAAAAAAAAAAAAAAAGUGCCCGUUUUCUCUUGCCUACAGUGAUACAAUUUUGUAAAUACAAUUGUUUGUUACUCAACAUUGGGGCAUGACAAGCAUGAAUGCUGUUAUUGCCCUGCAAAGAAAAAAGAAAUACAACUCCCAUGAUGCUUUGCAUGCCUUUUGGAGUGCUUAGGAUGGCAAAGCAUCAUGGAAGCUGUUGUUUUAAAACAUCCAGGGAUCUACAUUUUAAACACCCCUGGUUUAUUGUUAUUGUGUCAUGUCUUCCAUGUGCUGUUGCAGACCAGGACACAACUGCCUUGGUUUAAUAUAUAUGCAUAAAUUUUUUCUUUUAAAUAUUAGAAUGGAGAUAUAUAUAUAUUUCCCACUGGAUUCCUAUCCUAACCUCUCAAUUGCAAGAAUAAAAAAAAACAAUUUUAUGAAAAUGUGGGUAGAAUUGCUUAACAAGUGUGACAGCUGAUCAGCCAAUCAGUGUUGUCCAAUUUUUAACACAAUUUGCCUUUGGUAUUGUGGAAGUUUGACUCUGCACCAGUAGCUUGAGAGAUCCAUAAUGACAAUAAUGGGCUGUAGUUGUUGUAGUGCUUAGUGUCAUCUGUAUGUUGUGCUAAGUUUUAACAUUUUACUUUAUUCAUUUUGUGUAAAAUGCAGUUGGAAUAAUAUUCACUUUUGUUUUAAAUGAAGAUCUUUUAUUUUGUAGACCCAUAUGCCAAGUUGCUUAUGGAUGCUAUGAAGUCGUCUGGUUGGUAAGUCUUUUUCAGUCUUUAAAUUUCCAUCUGCACUUACAAGCUUGGUGGUCAUGUGUGUUUUAAAUGUAGAUCUAUAACUCUACAUGUGACUAUUGUAACAUUGGAACUAAAUAAUAACUGGAGAGAUCUUUUUCCACCUAUCGUUAAAGGAACUCUCCAGACACCAUAACUACUACAGAGCCAUGUAGUGGUUAUGGAGUCAAUAGUGCUCUGUCACCUUACCUGGGUCUGCCUCCACCACAUCUGAUAAGUUCUCUGUCUGAACUAAGCCUGGCAAUGCAGCCUAGUGGUGGCUGAGAGCAGUUAGAUGAUGCCCUUAACUAAUGAGCUCAGUCCUGUACUGCUUCCAGCUCUCUGUCUCUGGAAAUGGAGAUCAGCAACAGAAGGACAAUAGGCCUGAAGUCAAAUCGUUUUACACACGAUUAUUACUGAAAUCCGAGGUUCCAUCCCUUUUUAGUUGUAACAUUAUCUACACAUGUGUAAUAGGUAUAAAAAAGGCAGACAGGGUAUAGCCAACUUGAAACCUCAUGAGAAAGGUGUCAAGCUGAAACUUUGGGGCUGUGGUCUCCACUCUCUCGGUCAGUACACCCACGAUAAUAUUGGUGGGUUUACGGUUUAUACUUUAAUUCUUUGUUUACACAUACAUCGAUAUUUUACUACAGAGAUUUUAUUUGCAUUCAGCGUUAAACCCCCUGCAGUUAAACGCUACGUACACUAAUUGUUUUUCAUUACUAUGGGUAGGUGCCAGGAAGCAUAACCGAUACAGUGCACUACAGUAGAGUGUACCUUCUAAUGUAUUACAAAACAGUUACAAGAAAAAAGCAGCUGUCCUGUUGUAUGCCUUAUUCUCUUGACCCUAUAAUGCCUGCUUGCUAAACUGGGAAUUUCUGACAGUGUGAAACGGAAUCUCAAAUUGUAGGCCAAGACGGCAAGAUCCUUUUUCUAUUUAGGCUAUAUAGGUCUGACAUUUACAAUACUCUUGGCCAAAUUGUACCUGGUUUAGUGAAGAAAAUCAAUUAUUGAAUAAAGCUAACCAGACAACCUGUUCUGUUUUUGUAUCAUUAAAAAAUAAUUUCUAAGAAGUCAAGAACAUGUAUGUUUAAUCCUCUGUCAUUAUGUGGCUGGGUACAGUCUGCUAUGGGAGUUGUUGGUAAAACUGUUGAAUGGCCACCUGCGGGCUAGGUGCCUUUUAGAGUCCUGCAGGGUGUCUUUUCAGUAUAAUUCUUGAAUAAUUAGGUUGGAUUUGAAUGUUUAGUAAUAAAGCAAUAACCGAAAUUGUGUUGAUGUUUGACCCCUUAUUUUGUGCGUUUCAGCACAGUUUACAAAGACCGUCAUUUUUCUUGUGAAGAAUGUGAUGGUGCAGUGAGUGGAGGGUUCGAUGCAGCUUCAUCUGAGGUUGGUAACCACACAAUAUAGCUCUCUGUAUAACUGUACUCUACUACACGCUAUACUAAAUCCAUUUACAACCAAGACUUGUGAGGUUAUGCAGUUUAUCAAAUUUUUGGGGGGAAAAGCCAAACUGGGAAUAUUAGUAAUCUAGAUUACUUUAGCCUAAAUCUUAAAAUCCACUUUGGGUGCAUUUUAAAUUCCCAUCAACUGGAUAAUUAGUAUUUAGUGAGUUGUUAUUGACACUUUACUGGGUUGUUACAUGUCUUAUAGGUUCAGUCUCUUGCCCACAAAUGUGUAAAUGGUAAUUUCUCCUUUAGGUAAUUGUAAUACAAUUAUAUCUUUACAUUGUGCUAGUGACAUAUCUAGAAAUGCAGAAAUUAAAAAUGUUUCAGGGAAGGAUAUCAUUUUAAUUCCUAGUCUGUGCAUUGAGCCGCCUCAAUGCCUGUGGCUCAGUCCUUCAGUAAUAUAUCAGUAAUUCUUGUUAAAACCUAGUUUAGUGAUGAAUCCUCAGAUGGAAAUCAACACAUACUAAUAGCACUUUGCAACCAAAAUAGUAUUGGGUUUGCCUUGAUAAAUCUAGUCUGCCGACAUUUAUUCCUCCUAUGUAUUGGUAAUUAUUUUAACAGAAGGCAUACACUUCCUGUUGAGGCAUAUUGAUAUGAUUUUAUUAUUACAUUUUAUUUUUAUCCUGCAGAUUGUAUUGUGUCAGAACAACAUUCAGAAUCAGUCACACAUGAAUCGUGUAGUUACACAUGAACUUAUUCAUGCAUACGAUCACUGCCGCGCUCACGUCGACUGGUUCAACAACGUUCGUCAUUUGGCCUGUUCUGAGGUACGUAUGGUACUGGUGGGUUUGAUAUCUGUAAAAGAUGCUCCCAAAACCUGGGAAGUAUGCUGGCAGCGGAACUGUAACUACAUUUCAAGUAAUAGUUUCUCAUUCUCUCACCACUGUAAAUGCUGAUGAAGCAACGGUAAAAAAAAAAAAAAAAGUAUGACCCUUUCCUCUGCAGCACUACUGAGUUCAUGGCAAUGUCGGUGCCCAGUGAUACCCCAAAAGCCAUUGGCGUGUAAGGAUAUGCACUUAAUAUUCCUUCAGUAGUGCUGUACAUACACAUGGCAGUGUGCAGGUAAAUUUAAUUUGCAUGGUGUGCUAUUCAUUAUUUAUUUUUAUUUUUUUUUGAAUAGCACAACCCAUACCUUUUUCACUCCAUUUUAUGAACAGCGGGCUAGUGAUAGGCUCAGUGUCAGCUUACGCUCUUAGCAUGUCAGAUUCUUACUGAUUGAUGCCUCGUACAAUCAGCGGAAGCAGUUGGGCAAGGUGGACGGAUGCCAUCUUUGCAGGUUUGGGGUUUGUAAACAGUUUAACUCAUUUAGAUAACACAUGGCCCAGGACCUCAUCACACCAUAACUUCUUCACGGAGAUAUUGUGUUAUAGUGUCCGGUAGUGAUACUUCCCUACUGAGGUCAGGGAACACUGGAAGAAUUGUCACUUCUAAUGCAGUAACCGUUCCACUUGAAGGACAGUCCUUCAUUAGACAAACCCAAGCAAAGCUCAUGCUGAAUAUUCCUUUACUGUGCUACUGAUGUUCUCAUUUGCUACAUGAAUAGACAUUGGAUAUUUAAAAAUAUCUAAUCUUUAUGUAAAAUAAACGAUUAGCCCUCCAUCAGAUUCAGUUUUUAUUUUUUUUUGUGCUCUUUAUUCUACUUUAAUGCAUUAAUUUCUCUUUAUUUAUGCAAUAACCUUGGUCAGGACAAAUCCUAAUCACAGUUGCUCUAAGCUAAUUGAUCAAUUUUAAUUAUUUCACAGUUUGUACACAAUUCUGGGCAAACUGCCAGGAAAAACAAUCUUUCAUGAAGGAAUGUUUCUAAAUGUUUAUUAAUAUAGAUUUAGAGUAAUCAGGGUAUUUUCAUUAUUUCAUAUGGGUACUGGUCUGCAUAAAGGUGUUUAUUAUCUGUUCAAUGUUAUAUGUGUAUAUUAUGCACAGGUUUUUUUUUUUGUUUUUUUUUUUUUGGACUACGACAAUUUAAAUAUAAAUUUUGUUAAAUCUGCUAAUCCAAAUGUAGUAAACUGGUGGGCUAUGGAUGUGCAGGACUCGGGCUAUACAGUGAGGGAAAAAAGUAUUUGAUCCCCUGCUGAUUUUGAAUGUUUGUCUACUGACAAAGAAAUGAUCAGUCUAUAAUUUUAAUGGUAGGUGUAUUUUAACAGUGAGAGACAGAAUAACAAAAAAGAAAUCCAGAAAAACGCAUGUCAAAAAAGUUAUACAACGAUUUGCAUGUCAAUGAGUGAAAUAAGUAUUUGACCCAUAUCAAUCAGCAAGAUUUCUGGCUCCCAGGUUAUACAGGUAUAUACAGGUAACGAGCUGAGAUUAUGGGCACUCUUUUAACCCCUUAAAGCCGUUGGGGCGGCAUAGAUCGCCGUAACGGCUUGCAGCCCCUGGAGAUCCGGUGGACUUACCUCCGCCGCGAUCCUCUUCUGGAGGGCUGCCUGACAGCCCAGGCAGCUCUCCCCCGGCAAAUGAGGCCCCCGGGGGCCAUGUGAUCGCUCUCAAAGAGCGAGCACGUGGCCCCUAUAGCUGGCUGUGGAUCUGCCAGCAGGGGGACUGUCUGAAUUGUCAGACAGUCCCCCUGCUGGUGGGAAAGUAAAAAAAUUAAAAUAAAGUAAACAUGUAAAAUUUAAAUAAAUGUGUUUUUUUUUUUUUUUUUGUUUUUUUUUGUUUGUUUUUUAAUAUCUAUCUCUAUCCUCAUCGUGUGUGUGUAUGUAUGUAUGUGUGUAUAUAUGGAUAUGUGUGUGUGUGUGUGUGUGUGUGUGUGUAUAUAUAUAAUAUAUAUUGUAGCUGUAUUAGUCCAGUGAUGUAGAUGUAAAAAACAGAUAAAAUUCUUAUCUUGUAAUACCUUAUUUAUUGGACUAACAGAAUUUUUUUAAUGACAAGCUUUCGGGAGAACCUCCCUUUCUCAAGUCUGAAGCAUUUCUGAGCAAAACGACACAUAGAAUUCAAAGUUGAGUUGUGAUACAGGCUUUAAAGCGACAUGAGUGUAGAUAAGACACAGGUUUGUUAGAAAAAAGACACCAUCUGAGCAGAGGGUCAUAAAUGUCUUGUUGAAGAGCAGAGUGUGGAAAUCUUGGGGCUUUCAGUUGUUGAUCCAUUUUAGACUUAUCUGAAUUAUUUCUUAUUACCCUUAGAAAUUGUGCCUUGGGUAAAGACUUUUUCAAGGACUCUGGGUGUGCACUUGAAUUGUGUAGGAUGGUAUUCUUAUCCGUAUCUUUUUUGUAGAGGCAAUAUGAAAGUCCUUGUUCCUUCAAUGAGAUUUCCAAGUCCAAAAAUUGUAUUGAGGUGGUAUCAAUCUUUGAUGUAAAUCUAAUGGGACUUUCUAUCUGAUUUAAAAAGUAUAUCAUCUCUCCUGCUUCUGUCACGUUGCCACCCCAUAGUAUCAACAAAUCGUCGAUGUAGCGAAAAUAUCCUUGUAUAGAUUGACUGUACCUUGUUAAGAUCCAUCUUUUUUCGUAUUCUUACAUGUAGGCAUUAGCAUACAUGGGAGCCAUAGCGGCCCCCAUGGAUGUGCCAGAAGUCUGGAGAUACCAUUUGUCCUCAAACCUGAAGUAAUUGUUAUGUAGUACCAGUGAUAGUAGCUCUAAGAUAAAUUCAAUAGGUGGUCCACUAUAUGAUUUCGAGGAAGUGAGAACAGAUCUCAUCGCUUCAAUUCCUUCUGUAUGUGGAAUAACCGUGUAUAAGCUACUGACAUCCAUUGUGAUUAAAAUCGUUGUACCACUCUUCAGUUUCAGUUGCUUUAAUUUCUGGAUGAGGCUAGGUGUAUCCUUAAUGCAGGUACUCAAUUCAGCUAUGGGGGGCUGAAAUAAAAAAUCAAGCCACUUGGCAAUUGGUUCUAGCAGACCUUCAAUCACAGAGACAAUAGGCCUGCCCGGAGGUCUAAUUGGAUCCUUGUGGAUCUUGGGCAGGGUAUAUAUAAUGGGUGUCCGAGGAUGUGACUUCAGGAGAUAUUGACUGAGCUGUAGGUCUAUAAAGCCUGCUUCCAUACCCCUUAUAACAACUGCUUCAACAUUUUUCUUGAUUGAUUCUGUAGGGUCACCCCUCAAUAAUCGAUAUACUUUCUCAUUUGAAAGCUGUUGGAUUAAUUCCUCUGCAUAUUGUACAUAGUCCAUAACUACUAUACCACCACCCUUGUGAGUCGGACGAAUGGCAAGAGACUGAUCAUUAGCCAAAUUCUUUAUAUAUUUCAUUUGUCGGGAAGUGACAUUCCUAUUUUUGCAUUUAUGGUUGUAUAUGACUUCCUGCGUGAGGUGGUUGACUGUAGAGAGGUAGGUUUUAAUAGACGCUUUAUUCGUGUAAGGAUCAAAAGUAGAUUUUAAUUUAAAUUGUGAACUUUUUUCAUGAUCCAUAAUAGUAUUCGAAACUUUAGAGGGGUUAUGGAAAUAAUCUUUCAGACGCAUAUGUCUCCCAAAGUUAUAAAGUUCAGUAUUCCAUUUGAACUGAUUAGGCGGAGAUGUAGGUAUAAAUGAGAGUCCUCGACUAAGGAUCUCCAUCUCCUGUGUGUCCAGAGGUUUCUGAGAUAGAUUAAAUAUCGGAGUUACCUCCGUAAGGGGGGCUUCCCCCGGGUGGUGGUUCUUGCCCUUGUGACCUCUCCUCGUUCGCCUCCUCUUUCUACGCCCCUGCCACGGCUUCUUGUAGUGGUCCCCAUUUCUAAUUCCUCUAAAAAAGGAGUAGAUUCCACAUGCACCUCGUUAUCAGAUGCUGAUUCACCUGAUGUAAUGUCCACAGUAGGUAUCUGGGGGCGUCUAAUCCUCUUUCUCUGGCGAUAAGGUUUACGAACACCAUCGCCUGAAAGCCAUCUGUAGACACGAUGGUCUAAGUAAUCCUGGCGUACACGUUCAAACUUUUGUUUUUUGAAUUUAAUCAAUUCGUUUUUAUAUAGUAGUAGUUCAUCCUGUAAUUUACUACGGAGUUUGAUUCCCUCAGGGGAAGCCAGUAAUACUGCGUGUUCCAAUUCUAAAUCAGUAAUUUUCAAACUUGUGUCCUCCAUGUCCAUCUUUACAUCAUGUAUAAUAAUGAGCAUCAAGUCAAGUGAGGCUUUAUUCAAUACUGAAGUCCAGUCCUUGUAGACUCUGGCUUUGCCUCUCCCAAUGGUUGGGAUAUUUAAAAUCCUAAACCCUCUAGGUAUACGUUUGGCUUUAUAGUAGUCUGAUAGAAAAAGGCCAUGUAGGUCCAAGUCAAUCCGCUUCUUAUGUAGACGUAAUAGUUGGAAAUAGAUAUCUUUGGAAGAUAAAUUAUGUGGUAAAUCAAGUCCAGAUUGCUCCCAUAGUAUGGCCUUAGCUUCAUCAUGGGAAAAUUGUAAUGUAUCUGCUUGUUCAGCAUAUGCCCCCGCCUGCAGUAAAAAAUCAUCCAUUUUGUCUCCCUUAAAGUGAAAACACUAUGUACAAAGGAGAGUUGUAUUCCAAUUUGGUAAAAAAAAGCAGUCAAAAAAUCAAAUAAUUAUUUCUAAUCCAAAAAAUGGAAGUAUUUAUACAAGUGGCUGGUGCAUAGGUGGAGUUGUACCCCACAACUCCUAUUAUCCAAAACCAUCCACAAAAUCCUUGCACUCAAGCUCCAAAGUAUCAGUCAAAGACCUGGUGCUGAAAAUCAGGGGAACAAUUACAUACCGAUCUGUAGUGAUUAGCACUCACGGAUUUCCAGAAAAUAGUGUUAAAAAAUAACGUUUAUUGAUCCAUUUAAAAAAGCUAUUUCGACGUUUCAGUCCUCUAGUGGGACUUUCUUCAGGAAUGAAUAGCCAUGUAAACAAUAUCGCUUAUAUAUUACAGAUAGUAAUUGAAAGCAAACUUACCCCAGGUGAACCAAAUCCCCUGCAUGCACCCGCGGUCCCCGGUGUGGAUGACGCAUACGUGAAGUGCUCCGCCCCCUUGCGUCGCGAUCACAUGAUCGCGAUGUCAUGGAGACGUCGGCAGAAGCCGCGUGUCCAUGGCAACCAAAUAAACAUACACCGCAAGAGUGCUGGGGAAAUAAAGAGAGAAUAUGUAGAUGGAUGGUGAAAUAAAAUAAUGUUCUGUGUAAACAAUAAAGUUAUAAGGCCACUAAGAAGUAGCAUCAUAAUUGUGGUAGCCCAGUAACAUAAUGUGAUCAAGAAGAUCAUGUAUCUUGAUAAUGGUGGUAAUAUCCAUUUUAAAAUGAAUUAGUGCAGAUGUGCAAAAUCAGCUAGACAGAAAAAUAACAAUCACAUUUAAAGUGAUACAGUGCACUAUAUAUGACCAUAUUAAUAUAUCCAACAAGGAAGGUGGAUUUUGAAAGUGCUAAUCAAGGGAUGUCCCCUAAAUAGUGCUCUAUUAAGUGCAUAUAAAGUGGGCUAUUGUAAAUAAUUUUAAAAAAAGUGACUCAAUAGUAACUAAGAAUCAAAAAUAAGGAAGUAUUACAUCCGAAAUAUUAAAUCAUGAAAAAUCAUAUAUAUAUUUUAGUGUGUAACGUCCUACAAAGUGUAUUUUAAUAUAAAUAUAUGUGUAUGUAGAAUUACAAUAAAUAAAAUACUGAAACAAAUUUAAUAUAACUUAUAUAUUCAUACACUUAGAAUGACAUAUUUUUUAUAUAUAUAUAUAUAUAUUAUAUAUUUUUUUUUUGCGGUUAUUUGUAUUUUAUAUAUAAUUACAUUUAGUAUACACGUAGAAUUUCAAUACCUAUAAAUGCAUAUAAAUUAAAAUUCCGCGUGUAUAUUUAAGUUAACUUUUAACAUAAUUAUGUGAUUUGAUUGUCAUGCCUGACAACACAGGGAGAAAGUGCAGAGAAUUUAAUUUGCAAGCACUAUAUUUGACCCUAUAACGCUCCAAGACACCAUAAAGCCUUUACAUAGGGGGUACUGUUUUACUCGGGAGACUUCGCUGAACUCAAAUAUUAGUGUUUCAAAAUGAUAAAUUGUAUUGCAACGAUGAUAUUUUAAGUAAAAGUUACUUUUUUUUUUUACAAACGAAUGGCACUUUUAUGAACUAUAUUAUUGUUGUAACAUGUUUUACUGUUUUAAAACACUAAUAUUUGUAUUUAGUGAAGUCUCCCAAAAAUAACAGUACCCCCCAUGUACAGGUUUUAUGGUGUUGUGGAAAGUUAGAGAGCCACAUAUAGGGCUUGCAGUUCAUUUUUUUUUUUUGUACAUUGAAAUUUGCCAGAUUGGUUAUGUUGCCUUUGAGAGCGUAUGGUAGCUCAGGAAUGAGAAUUACCCCCAUGAUGGCAUACCAUUUGCAAAAGUAGACAACCCAAGGUAUUGCAAGUGGGGUAUGUCCAGUCUUUCUUGGUAGCCACUUAGUCACAAACACUGGCCAAAUAUUAGUUUUUAGCUUUUUUUUUUUCACACAAAAACAAAUAUGAGCGCUAACUUUGGCCAGUGUGUGUGACUAAGUGGCUACUACAAAAGACUAAACAUACCCCACUUUCAAUACCUUGGGUUGUCUACUUUUUUAAAUGGUAUGCCAUAAUGGGGGUAAUUCUCAUUCCUGGGCUACCACACCAUCUCAAAGGUAACAUUACUAAUCUGGCAAAAUUCAAUUUGAAAAUGUAAUGUGCUAUAUAUGACCCUGUAACUUUCCAAAACACCAUAAAACCUGUUAUUGGGGGUACUGUUUUACUCGUGAGACAUCGCUGAUUACAAAUAUGUGCAUUUUUUUGCAGUAAAACCUAACAAUAUUAUGACAUUGACAGCUAAAAUGUCAGACGGAAAUACAAAUUUAAAAAAAACCUUAUUUUCUCAAUUUUUUUUUUAAUUUUAUUCAUAAUAAAUUGUUCCAUAUAUGAAUAGUUAAUGAUAAAUUAAAGCCCUGUUUCUCCUGAACAAAAUGAUAUAUAAUAAGUGUGGGUGCACUUAAUGUGACAGCGGUGAAUUACAGUUGAACAGACAUAUAGCGCAAAUUCCAGUUUUUGUUUACGUUUUGUUUUGAUCAAAACGUGUACUGUUGACUCCGUCCUGAAGGGGUUAAAGGGAGUCCUCCUAAUCUCGGCUUGUUACCUGUAUAAAAGACACCUCUCCACAGAUUCCAAACUUUCCACUAGGGAUCGACCGAUAUUGAUUUUAUUUUUUAUUUAAUUUUUUUAUUAUUUAUUUUAGAGCCGAUUACCGAUAAUCUGUGCACUAGCUAGCUGAUAGCAGACCAAUAUUCUGUACAUUUACUGUAUUUUUUUUUUUUUUAAUUAAGCGGUAAAUGCACAAAAUUUACAUGCCAGUCAGAUUUUGUUUUUUAUGUUUUCAAGAAUAUUUAUUUUUGUGUGUGUGUGUAGUGGAUGCAGUGAGAGUAUUUAUUAGUAAAUGCUGUGUGUUGUUUGUUUGUAAACUGAGCAUUUUAACAUGAAAAAAAUGACACUAUACUUGCUUUGGAAUUUAUACCUUUUGGAACUAAUGCUCAUGAAGUCAAGUUUUCUCUAACAUGCGAAAUGGAGAUUGUCUGUUGGCAUGAAAACUAAUUACAAUAUAAUACAAAAUGCCUUAAUCCGCUAUUUUGGCCUAACUUUUAGUGAAAAUAAUAUAUUAUAUACUCAGAAUUUCAGGUCCAAUACCCACUGGUAAGGGCCAAACUUUACUCAGAACUGUAAACAUCCUCAUGUAAUGCAACUGCUGAGAAUAGACAGGGCAGAAGUAAGCUUUCCCACCCUGACCCCAAUAAUGAAUGCAUGCCUGAAGUUGCAGGAACCUUUCACAAAGUGCAAGGAACUUUUAGCUAUACAUUUGCGUGGAAUUGGCCAGCACAAUAUGUAUAUUAAAGUGUAAUCAUGCAUGGUUUAAAGUUAAUCACAAUGAAUUCUUGGACCAGUACAUUGUAAACGUUGGUGUGAUUGACUUGCUUCAGAUAUUAGUGCAAAUCUGUCACUCCUUUCAGGGAUCUUUGUACAUUUUGCAAACACGUCACUCAUAUACUCUCACACAAGUGCAAGUGAUUAUCGAAGCUUCCAUAGAUUACUUGUCACAAUGUCAAGAAGAUGCCUGAUUCCCUCAACUAUCAAGUGUGAUAGUUGGUGGGAUAUGACAAAGGUUGACAGUGAAGCUCUACUUUUUGUCAAAUUCCAGCUUCCCUAUAAGAGCCAAGAAUCCCCUCCCCUUGUCUUUUAUGCACCUAUGGUACCCAUGAAUUUAAAAUGUUCCCAAUUAGUGUGUAUUUCAGGUGUUAUUCACUAUAGGUCAUGAUAUAAAGAGAUGUAACAUACAUGGCACCCAUUUCUUGUAUUUUGUGUUAUACUAUUUUUUUUUUAAUAAAGCAAACUUUGUUUUAUAAUUGACAUUGUUUUCCUGGUUGCCCUGUUACACUUUGUACAUGCAAAUGGUGCAGUUACAGUGCAUUGGACACUUUGAAAGAAAUGCCAGAGCACACAUGCGCUCUACGAUAAUUUCUGGCAAAUGACUGAGCAAGCAUGAGCCUCAUGGUGCCUGAAUAUUUUGUUGUUCACGUGUAUCUCAAGAAAAAAAAAAUCUAUGUAAAUUUGUUACUUUAAGGGACACUAUAGUCUUUAAAACAACUUUUAGCUUAAUGAGGUUUUGGUGUAUAGACCAUGCCCGAGCACAAUUCUUUACCAGCCUCCCUAAACACUUCCUGUAAAGGGAGAUCUAAUGUUUAUACUUCCUUUUAUUGCACAGUCCGUUUAAGUAUUUAUCUUGCAGUUUUAAUAGAUUGCUAAACCUUGCAGGAGCCUCCUGUAUGUGAUUUUAAAGUUCAAUUUAAAGAGCAGGAUAUGAAAACUUCUAAAGAUCUCAUUGAAAUGAUUUAAAAAAUAAAUACAUCUUGCAGGCUGCGUCAGUCACAGCCAGGGGAGGCGUGGCUAGGGCUGCAUAAACAAAGUGAUUUAACUCCUAAAUGUCAGAUAAUUGAGCAAUGAGACUGCAAAGGCAUGAUCUAUACACCAAAACUGCUUCAUUAAGCUAAAGUUGUUUUGGGGACUAUAGUGUCCUUUUCAGGACAGCAUAUUUUAUCUUUUUGUUGAUAAAGUACUUCAUAUGUAUAUUAUGAUUUAAGUGUAUCUUUCUUUUUGUUUUAGAUUAGAGCUGCCAAUCUCAGCGGUGAUUGCUCACUUGGCAAUGAGCUAAAUCGGUUUAAAUUUGGAUUUAAAGAACACCACAAGGUAUAAAUUUUAGGAUGCCAUUGCACUUCUGCUUGUUUUAUUAAUUUCUUUUUGCCACUUCAUAUAGCUAUUCCAACCUAUUAGUCUAUCUGCACGUAAGAGCUUUCUUUAAAUAAAGAGUGGAUUUCUGCAUCAAUUUUAUGAAAAGGAUUACUGUAGUGAUUAUGGUUCCUGUAGUCUUUGAGCACUGGGUCUUAUCACCGUUGAGCAGACAUCCUUGGUCCAAUGUAGCCUGACCCCCAGUGACAAAAAGGCAGAGGCAGACUUAAACAUUGUCUUGGAUCCAUCAAAUUUUAUCAAAGCUUUGUUGUGUUUAAUUCCUUAAUGCUUUAGAUGGUCCUAGGUGGUCAUCACCCGACUGCAGCAAGAUGUCGUGUUGACAUUUGCCAGUCACAUUAGCGCAUCAUAUCUUUCUUUUUGUUGAGCAUCUCACACAUUCAGCACAAACUCUUUCACAAUCCGCCCCCCCACACCCAGCAGUAGCACAAGUAGUCGUGCUUGUUUCCUGGUGUCUGAGUUGUUCUGAGUGUGAGAAUUAGAGCGCAGACACAUAACAUUAAUGCUGUCUGUGUCCGAUAUAUUGAUCGUAUUAUAUUUGCUGUCACAUGUGUGAAACUACCAGGCAGGGACUGAAUACUAAACGCUCUCAUCUUAUAGUUUGUUUUUAAUACUUGAAAAUAAGUGACUAAAACUACUCUAGAAGCUUUUUAUUUCCUUGGUAACUGUGCUUUGAAUAAACCAUGAAUCAAAUAAAAGAAAACAACUCUGUAAAAGUAUAAAUUAAAGACUGCUAACAGCCAAGUAUCCCUUACUCAUUGAAAGGUAAGCAGAUAAAUCCCGCUGCUGUAGACAAACUGUCAGAUAUUUGCAAAACUGAAUUUAAUGAUUUGUUUCUUUCUUUUCUGUUAGGUAUGUGUCCGCGAUCGAGCUCUUCGAUCUAUUUUAGCUGUUAGAAAAGUCAGCCGAGAAGCAGCGGAGAAAGCCGUGGAGGAUGUGUUUGAUACAUGCUUUAAUGACCAUGAGCCAUUUGGCCGGAUUCCACAUAGUAAAAGAGAUGCUAAAUAUGCAUACAGGGAUUUUCAAAACCGGGACCGCUACUUUGCCAAUCUCUAACAAAUCAUUCAGGUUAUUUAUAAGAACUUGGUCCUCUGCUUUUUGGUUUCCACAUUUGUGAUUUUUAUAUUGAUUCUCAAAUUUAUUCAAGACAUUUGAUCAUUUUAUGUUUUUUUUUUUUUCCCCUAUAUAAUAAAACCCCAGAAUAUUUUUUUCACUUUUCCUAAAGUGUUUUUUGUGAGUCAUUCAUUUGUAUUGACUGCAUUAAGAAUGUAUGUAUGGGUCCUACCUGUCAAAAGCUAGUGUUUAAUUUUUUAUUUUUUUUCUUAAACGAACAUAAUAGUGUUAGGAAUACAAAGCUGAUUUCUUAACACUUUUUCUAAAAAGUGUUUGUUUAUUUAAAACUGCAAUCUUUUCAGCUGCAAGAUUUAGGGGGACAGGGGCACUGCACCCAAAACACUUCGAUGACAUGAAGUGGUCUGGGUGCCUGUAGUGUCCCUUUAACACAAAUGAUGACUUCAAAUAUUGAACCAUGAUUUGAGCUGGAAGGUAUUACACAUACAAAACCAUUGCGUGAGCAAUAAUUUAUAAUUACAAUUAAAUGUGUAUGUAGUUCGUAUUUCUCUCACAGUCUGCCAAGAAAAAUCUAAUCAUAUUUAAACUUGACUUUCCA